AUGACCCAUCUGGUAGGCCUCAGUGGUGGACCGACUGCGCCAGGUGCGUCUGUGCGCAUGUUUGUGUUUCUGGUCCCAGCUGCUUGUGGUCAGGGUUAUGAUUGGCUGAAUGAAGGCAGAAUAAGCCCGAAACAGUGCUGUAUCAAUCUACCCGCAUUCUCUGUCGUCCCUCCUCGCUGCUAUUAUGACUUGGCCGACUUCGGCCUGGUAAUUGGUUGCCUGUUCCUGACCUUUGCCACACAUACGGAGCUUGUUUGCUUUGUGAAGCCAAUAGAUCUGUGUGCGCCCAUUCCUGAUUGAUAUAUAUAUAUAUAUAUAUAUAUAUAUAUAUAUAUAUAUGUAAAAUGUUAUAACCGACAAAGAAAAGGGAGAGCGAAAUAGCUAUUUCUGGCUUAUUUGCCGUCGGCUGCCAGUCAUACCCAACCCCGAAGUGCGAAACCCCUGGGGCUCGAUCCCGCGACCUGUUGGUUAGAAGCCCAACGCCUCUAACCACUGAGCUAGGGGCUCGUUGUCCUGUCAAUUGCAAUCAGGAAUGUACAAUGGUAGAGAGGCGCUCACCGAUCGUGCGGCUGAUGGUUUGGUUCCAGAGCGAGAGAGCGCGUAAGACACAACGGGACGAGUGAGUUCCGUAGGAAACAAGUGACUCUUCCUCAAUUCGGUGACAUUGGAAAGCAUACUCGCUCCAUUUUUUCUGGAACUCAUAACAACUUCCUUGCAGAGGGUCGCAUAGGUACGAGCGGCAUAAGUUAGGGAAAAACAAAAGCGGCUGCUCAAACGCAGUUAGCAGUAUUUAAGCACCAGAAAUUACCUUUAGAUCGUGGCGAGCUUCAAUGCGUCAGUUGUUUUGUGUCACCCUAAAACAUGGUGACAGGCAAUAGCUGCUUGUUAGAUGCCAUGACAAGCGAAGGGCGAUAGAUGAGCCAACCUGGCUUAAGGGCAUACAAGCGAAGAUAAAUACCCAGACGGAAGCCAGGAUAAAUGCCCUUGUAACAGGCUGAAGUAAAUGCUGUUUGCUCUCCCUGCCCUUACUAACCUCCAACCAUGUUGAAAAAGCCGAUGGAUAGUAUCAGACCGGAUUGGGCGCAAUUCAAAGGAACAUUCUUCGAACAGUCAAACUUCCUCUGAGACAGGGCAGCCCAAUUCAUAGAAGACGUGAAAAAAAAAUGUCCAAACAGGCGUCCGCGCCUCAAACAAAUUAUUCCUCAAUAGUCCUGUUUAGAGCACUACAGUCCUCCAGGAGUUUUGUUUACGCGUCUGGUCUCACUUAUUGUUUCGGUUCUGUCCAUCGGUUCGGAAGCCAGCCAAACCUUGCGCCUCAAUCAGCAACCAACGCGCUAUAGGCUUCUGUGCGAGCGAGUUCUCCGCGUUUAGGGCAGUACCGUACUGGUAGAGCAGGCGUUGACGGCUGAGGCACAAAAAGUCGGUAGCAGCACGUGAUGGGAGGAAUGAGGUGCAGAAAAAAUCAACCGCGCCGUCAGGCGUAUUUCGCGAACAUUGCGUCUGUGGGACAUACGAAGGGUUAGACUUAACUAAGGCAGAAUAACAUUACCGACAAAGACAAGGGAGACUGGAAUGGCCAUUUCUGGCUUAUUAGCCGUCGUCAGCCAGCCAUACCCAAGCCCGAAGUGUGGAACACCCGAGCCUCGAACUCGCGACCUGUUGGUUUAGAAGUCAACGCCUCUACUCACCGGGCCACGAGCCCGUUGCCUUGUCGGUUUUCGAUCGGGAAUAUACAGUGGUAGGGGCGCGAGUUCGAGGCUCGGGUGUUCCACACUUCGGGCUUGGGUAUGGCUGGCUGACGACGGCUAAUAAGCCAGAAAUGGCCAUUCCAGUCUCCCUUGUCUUUGUCGGUAAUAGUAUUCUGCCUAUGUAUCAUGCGCCGCUGUGCGGCUGCUGGUUGGGCUCGAGAGAGAGCUCUUAAGGCACAACGGAACGAGUGAGUUCCGUAUGAACGAUCGGUGAGCGCCCCCUACCACAGACUUAACUAACUCAUACCACUAUGCUUGUUGAACCGACCUGCUCUAAGGCGUCAGAGACAGUCACAAGUUAUCUGUUGCUGCUGCCGCUGCCUUGUUGUUGAGAGAAACAUCGCGCCUCCCGGUGCUCGGUACUAGAGGAGACUACGGUCCUCGGGAUGCCCAGCAGGCCGCGUUAGCCUUGACUCACCAAAAAGUACAGUAGGUGGGCAAACACAUGAAAUGUUAACCGAAAUUCCGAAAUGCGUUUUCGUUUCGAAAAGAUUAAUUAAGUAGGGUUGUAAAACUAGUCAGCCUGAAACAUAAUUCUAUAAUAAUUUAGUUACCUCAGGAUGCCGGCUUUCGAAUGGACUUCUUUCCAGCUGUAUGUAGAAACUACACUCUGCAAAAAAUGACUACUUGUGUAGCAUGAAUUUUUCCCAUUGAUUUUCGAUGCCCCUAAGAGUUCAAUUAUAUUUCAUGGAAAACAUAAAUAAAAAUAUUCAUUCUUUUGCUCAUUCGGUAGAAAUUACGUCUUCUUUUCAUUCUAUACUCGAAAUAAGGACAUAAUUCGGUUUUAAAAUGUUUCUAAUUGUGAGACUUUUAAAUAUCGUGAAAUGGCCGUUCAUUAAUUUCCUGUCUCAUCAUUUACCAAUGUGGCUUGUAAACUUAACAAUAUGGAUCAAAUCCACUGCUUAAUCUUAUGAACCCUAUUUGGUCCCCCUUUAGUACCGUAGAGGAGUUUGCGCUUUUCCGUACGCGGAAAAUAUACGGCCUGUAGUUUGGAAACCCUGAAUCCAAGUGUAAUGGUAGAGCGGCUUCAAAAGUAUUCGGGAAUUGGAAAACAUUUUUGGAAACCGAAUUAUACCCUUCCUCCGAGUAUAAGAUUGGAAGAAGACGUAAUUAUCUACCGAAUGAGAAAAAAUUUGAAUAUUUUUAUGCACGCUUUUCAUAAAAUAUAAUUGGACUUUUAGGGGCAUCGAAAAUCAAUGAGAAAAUUCAUGCACCGAGGUAGUCAUUUUUUACGGAGUAUGAGUUUUGGAUGCAGCCGGAAAGAAGUUCAUUCGAAAACCAGCAUCCUGAGGUAACUGAAAUAUAAUAGAAUUAUUUUGCGGGUUGAUUAGGUUUUCCAACCCUACUUAAUUAAUUUUUUCGAAACGAAAACGCAGUUCGGAAUUUCGGUUGACAUUUCAUGAGUUAGCCCAACUACUGUAGUCGUAUGAGGCGACCUCGUGGGCGGACAGUUUACCGUGGCACCUGGCCCAUUAGGCACAUCGUAGUAAUGCCGCCUUGUGACCCUUUGGUGGGCAACGAUUGGUCAGAACGGUCGCCAUUCAUACCGCUGCAUGCUCAGCGGGGGUUUAUUCAGCCUGCUUAUUUCACAUCCCUGCCACCUGCCAAGCCAUCAGGCAGACUGCAUCUUCACGCACCUUCUGUCGCCCGGGGGGCAAACAGUCCUGCAUCCCUCAUGAGCUGACUGUCUUUGUUUCGGCUGGUUGAUAUUACGUAACGUGAAAAUCGGCACGCCGAUUUUCGAUUGCAGAACGUGCGGCGUCCCUGGCAGAUCAAGUGAAUUCGAAAAUUCUGUGAGAUAAUUAAUUGGCUCGUCUGCUUACACCGCAGUGUCGACGGACGUGUAUGUGACGGUCUCGCGUUGAAUCUUAGACUGAAUAAUAUGGUUAAUUAGUUAGACUUCUUUGUUCUUUGCCGUAAGAAUAGCUCGUUGGCUCAGCCAGUCGUGAUUCAUAUAAUUGGUUUGAAUAUUGGAAAAUACCUUUUCAAGCAACUCCGCUUUCGACGACACUAAAUUGCCGAGGAUAAGAGGUGGUGAAAUGCGUCCCGAAGACGGAUCAACCGGCACCGCUCCGUUCCCAAUUGCCGGCAAUUUGUGUAAGAAUAUUUCAGCUGAUCGGUCGGUUUUCAGCUGGACACGCGUAUGUGUAGUUGAUUUUAACGUCUGGACGCGGCGCUACAACGUAGAGCAUUUUAGCCAGGCCUUUAUUCCGUCAGGCAGUGUUUGCCUGAAGUCUCCUGCAAGCAGUAGAAGCAUAUCCCCAAAUGGUUUGUUGUUUCCGCGCAAAUCUUGCAGUGUUCCAUCGUGGGCCUCGAGCCAAUGUGCAUUUAACUCAAACAUUAAGUUUGCGUUUCUGCAGUACUUUUCCCGUGCCGGAUGCCUUGGAAAUGCUGUACGUGGGAGUUUCAAUGAAUUGCACGUUCAACGGCAAUUUCAAAGUAGAAUGAGCGAUCCUUUCGCCGGGUAGCAGGGUUGCAGCUAUUCCGGAGAAUACAAGUGCUAAGGCUAUGUCAUUUUUGGAUCAUAUUGCUGUCAAAAUCAUUCUUAUUAGGAACUUUUUCCCAGUCCCUCCUAGCACAUUUCAGAAGAAGAUUCCUUCAACCCCGUUAUUGACAGUUCGCAUCAUUUGCUCGUAAAUGCCAUUCUGCUCCAAUGUUGGCAGCAGCAGCAGCAGCAGCAGCAGCAGCAGCAGCAGCAGCAGCAGCAGCAGCAGCAGCAGCAGCAGCAGCAGCAGCAGCAGCAGCAGCAGCAGCAGCAGCAGCAGCAGCAGCAGCAGCAGCAGCAGCAACAGCAGCAGAUUGGUUUGGUCAUGGCAUUCCCAGUUAAUUGGGAACUUUGUUCGUGA